GCCACGGGUGAGACUAUAAACCAAAAACCAGUGUCCGGAAACCAGACACUCCUCUCUCUUCUCCACCUUGCUUUAUUUCCAUCUCCCGAGAUCAAUCAUACACACACUGCGCUCACCGUCCAUGGACGAAAGCCCCCACCGCCGCACCGGCGUUGGCACCGGAGUCCGGCUGAAGCAGAAACUCGCACAGCUCCUUGUGCGUUCUUCUUGCAUCAGCAACGCCACCAAGACCACAACCACCCCGGCCACUGCCUUCGUUAGCCUCGAUAAGGCCAACACCAACCCCCACCAAGAGCCACUACAUUCCCCUGACUUAUGCACCCACUGCACCUAUCAGAGGCCCAACCUUGUGGAAGGCAGCCGCUCAAGCCGCCACCGUCACCGCAGCGCGUCGGUCGUCCACGCCUCCGUCGACUACCCAGGUGGGGUCUCCGGUCGCCGUCCUGUUCACUCCAUUGUUCCUCUCCUGCCGCCAUCGGUGCAGACAAACGAUGCAAAGAAGAGCAGGGGUGCACGCUCUAGGUCGGUGUCAAGGCGGCAUCGCUCAUACUCCUCUUGUCGGCGUCUGCGGCGGCCGCGGAUGAACUCCGUGCCGUACAGCUGCUCUCCGUCCACGGCGACCGACGACGAAAGCGGCGAGGAUGCUGAGACGACGACGCUCUUCUCGUCCCUCAGCUUCUCCUCCGACUCGACCUGCGAGUUUUACCACACCAACAGUAGCAAUGCCUCCAGGAAGAGCCACAGGAACGGGCUUCGCAGAGCGCCCCGGCGCGCGUUGCCAAGUGCCAGGGACCCACCCGAUGCCUUCCAGCCGCGGGUUAACUUGGCGACGAAGCACAACUACUGCAAGAACAGCAAAAGGGAGGAGGAUGCGAAUGCGAUCAAGAAGAUGGUCGUGGAAGAAAUCGGAGCCAUUGGCGUGGGCAUGGCGGUGGUGAAGCGAUCGAGCAACCCAUACGCAGACUUCCGGAGCUCGAUGGUGGAGAUGGUCGUGGAGCGCCGUAUCGCCAACGUGGGGAAGAUGGAGGAGCUCCUGGAGUCGUACCUCUCGCUCAACUCGCCCGAGCACCACCAGGCAAUCAUCGCCGCCUUCGAGGACGUCUGGGAGGCCUUCUUCGGCGAGGCGUGAGAGAGAGAACCAAGCUAAAGGUGUUCGUUGUAGUAGCUUGCUAGUUCAGGUCUUCAGGAUCGAUCGUAGGCGCGGUGUUGUUUGUGGUUUUCAGUUCGUCUUAGCUAUACUUUGCAGAUGUAUGUACAUGCCCAUUGCAGAAUUCUCAUGCAGAAUUGGUGUCAUCGCUCGUGCCAUCGAAAUGUUGCGUGCUCAUAUUAAUUACUAGCUUGUCUCUAGUUGAG